AUGGCAUCGGCCGACGCCCUCUCUGGUUCAUCUGCUGUAUUGGGAUGGUAUGUGCCAAUAUUGCGCUCACUACCUCCUCAGCCAUAUGCUCGGAACAUGGAUCCAAGGCAGCUUCAUAAAUCAUCACGUACCCGAUCAGAGCAUUUCACAGGCUGGAGCGACGGUAAAUCAGUAUGUGAAUCUCAUAGCGCUAGAUCGCAUCGGAUUUUACUACUGCAUCUUCUAUCUUGGCAUGCUUAUUCUUGCUGUGAGAAUACCCAAUCAGUCUUUUUUGACGCUGAGACUGACAUCAAAUAG